AGCAGAUUAUGUAGAAUAAUUCUUUGAUGAUUCAUCUCCGGAAUAAGGACCAAAAUAUUACUUCCAGAUUUUAAGUGGACAAUAAUAUGAGUGAUUUGUGUGUGGACAAAAAUGUGACAACCCGUAUUUUGCAACCCUAUCCCCAUCCGCGCAUCUUCUUCUUCCGUAAAUUUGCAAGGCUAUCUCAAGCUUCUUCUUCCUCCAUGUGCCUUCUCUGCUACAUAGCAAUCAAUUCAAUGACCAGACCUCUUCUCCGCCACCGCCGCUCUCUUGUUUCCGCCGCCGCAAUUCUUAUUCUUCUCAUUUCUACUUCGCCUCUGCAAUCUUCUCUGCCCUCAAUCUUCCAUGGCUGCACCUUCGAUAGAUCUGUCUUCCUCGAUGCGGUGCCGCCGAUGUUGGUGUCGGCUUCGUCACCCUUGAUGGACAACCUCUCCAAUUCGAGGUAGCGGGUGCUGGAUCCAUCAUCCUCGAUGCCGGAGACAUUGAUACGGAUCAUGACGGCGGAGAUGUCACUACAGAUAUGUCACUGUGUCCGGUGAUGGCGGAUAUGUCACUGUCGAGAUUAGCUGCGAAAGUUUCACUACGAACAUGUCACUAUGCAUUAGUCACAUUUUUGUUCAAAUAUAAAUGUGAUAACUUUUUUGAAAAUGAGCUUUAGUUUAGUAAUAUUAAGGGGAAAACCCCUUCAUCUCUUAGCCAACUAAUAUAAAUAGAGUGCUCAACCGAAAUUUUGAAGUAAUUUAGAGGUUUUAUCUAUAUCUAUCCCAUAAAUUUGUUUUCUUGUUUUGGAUUAUUGGAUAUUAGUUCAGUUUAUUCGUGUUUUGGAGUUGGAAAGAGAAUUAAAUAACUACAGAUCAAUUCGAUUUUUUACAUUCAGUUUUGUAAAGCACUGCGUUACUGCUUAUUGUAUUUGUAGGUCGCCAUAUGGAUCUUUUAUCUAAAGCAUACUCUGGUUCAUUUGAGGAAGACGAUGAUGUCCAUGUCGAAGCUGAACGCAACGCACUCAGAUGGAAUCCUCAGAAACGGGCCAAAUUCGAACCAUCUAAUCGAGGGUUUAAGUCCGUGCCGGUGGUUCACCCGAAUGACGCCUCAAACCCCCCAUCGGAGAGCCCUCUACCCGGCAGGUACAUCUCCAAGCGAGAGAGAAGCGCACUGGUUUCCGCUUCGAGGGAUUCCAGCCCCAACCAGCCUCCCUCUCAAUUUUCACCAGUGAUGGGACCUAUUUCUGCUGUAGAUCUUCCUCAAAAUAUUUUAUCUGCAUUGAAGCAUCAAUCUAACAUAAAUAAGCGCUCUGUCCAAAUGCCUGAGAGACUUACAGUAGCUCUUGAUGGACACUCAAGAUCAGUUAAUACUGUGCAGUGGUCAAGAAGUCAUUUGUUCAGCCUUCAGCUCACCUUCUUGCAUCUGCUGGCAUGGAUCAAACUGUUUGCAUAUGGAGUGUUUGGAGUAAAGGUAAUAAGAAAGUGCGCGUAUUCAAUCAUCACACUGCUGCUGUAAAAGAUGUGAAGUGGUCACAUAAUGGUCUCUCGGUGCUCUCAUGUGGAUAUGACUGCUCUUCGAGGCUAACUGAUGUUGAAAAAGGAGUUGAAACUCAUAUAUUCAAGGAGGACCAAGUUGUAGGAGUGGUAAAAUUUCAUCCGUACAAUUUCAACCUCUUCAUGUCUGGUGGGUCUAGAGGUGGCCUUAAGUUGUGGGAUGUUAGAACCGGAAAGGUUGUCCAUCAAUAUAAGAGGAAUCUUGGUCCAAUACUUGAUGUAGAAUUCACAAUUGAUGCCAAGCAGAUGAUCUCUUCAAGUGAUGUUUCUGGAAGCAAUAUCAGUGAAAACUCAAUAAUCAUUUGGGAUAUUUCUCGGGAAAUUCCCUUAUCUAACCAGGCAUUUCUUCCAGGUCUACAGUGAAGCCUAUACUUGUCCCUCUAUACGAUGUCACCCUUCUGAUGCCUACUUUAUUGCACAAUCAAAUGGAAACUACAUAGCAAUCUUCUCUGCCUCCCCUCCCUUCAGACUUGAUAAAUACAAAAGGUAUGAAAGCCAUAGUGUGACCGGAUUCCCCAUCAAAUGCAAUUUCAACUUGGAUGGGACUAUCAUUGUAAGUGGGUCCUCAGACGGACAUAUCUACUUUUACAAUUCCAAAUCAGGUCACCUGAACAAAAAGAUCAAGGCAUAUGAUGAAGCUUGCGUAGAUGCCGUCUUCCAUCCUGUGAUGCCAAACGUUGUUGCUUCUUGCAGCUGGAAUGGAGAAGUUUCUGUUUUUGAUUGAGAUGGUAAAUUUGUUUUCAGAUAUUGCCAUUUUGGUAAAAAGCUGAACUCUCCAGAAAGGCAAGUAUUGGUCGUGUAAAUUUAUGUGAUAAAUGCCUGUUGUUGAGAUGGAGAUAGAUCCUGACAGCAAUGUUGCUGGAGCAUGUAAUCUGGACAAGCUAAAGCUAUAGAUGUCAAAUUGGUUAUACUUGUUAAUUGUUAUACGGAGUAUAUUUUAUUGAAUGUGGUUAUACUUGUUAUAUAAAACUUGCAACUUGAUUCGGGA